AUGGUAUCCUCGCAACAAGGCCUAAGCAAGACCCAAGUCGACAAGAAAGCCGACCCCCAGCUCGUCGACGAGCGCAAAUCCGGCCUCCCUCUUCCCGACCAGCCACCCGUCGCCUCAGACUUCAACUCCUCCGAUGCUCGUACCGUAAACGUUGGUUCUGGUGGGAUUGAGAGCGGUAUCUCCUCGGGCGGAGGUUCACUGCGCGAGCCUGCGACGGGCCACGCUGGUGCUUCGGCUCGUGAGGCCAAGGACGGUCUCAGCGGUAUUCCCAACGAUGCUGUUACGCGUAAUCAGAAGGACCACAAGGGUCUUGCGCAGACCACUGGCGAGGAUUAUAAGCGAUAG